CAAAAAACGCAGUUAACGGAAAACAAACCUAUUCCGCGGCUGCCGUCGUCAGCUCCGCUACCGCCACCACCCUCUCCCUUUGCAGUAACCUAAGCUGUAAUUCAGAGGUGGAAAAAUGCCACGAACAACCACAGUAGAAUCUGCUGGCUGUCCUCCACUUCGCGCCCUAACUUUCGAUGUUCUCGGUCUCAUCAAAGUCACUGAAGCACGAAGUAAGCUAGGAGGAGUUCCUAAGGUGGUCGAGAGAUGGGGUGAACCGGAAUCCUCUCGAUGCGUGCUUGCCGCCUCUACUAAUGACCGUAAAAUCGACCCUCUGUUAGCUGUUGCAAGGAAAAGUGGUGUGAUUGAAUUGAUUAGCUCCAUCAAUGGUGAUCUUCGAGUUUCACUUCCUAGUGGCAACCAAGCUGAUGUCCAGUCUCAAGAAGAUAAUAUUGUUGGGUUGCAUUUGUUCAAAAAACAAACAUCUGAAUCAUCAUCCAGGUCAUGCACCUUGCUUACAUGCACAACAAAAGGGCUUUCAACCCUGAGAUCUUUAACACUACCAAAAUCACCAGGGGACUCCACUAGUGACGAUGAUCAAGUCACAUGGAAUGUGUGUGCAGCUGGUAAUGUCUUAUGUUGUAAAGUGGAUGAUAAUGAAAACUACGCCUUAUUUGGAGGGAAAGGAGUAGAAGUUAAUAUAUGGGAUCUUGCAACACAUACGAAAAUCUGGACAGCAAAAUCACCUCCUAAAAACAGCCUUGGGAUAUUUACACCAACCUGGUUUACUUCAGCCACAUUUUUAUGCAAAGAUGAUCACCGCAAGUUUGUGGGAGGCACCAACAGCCAUCAGGUACGAUUGUAUGAUAUGGCUGCUCAAAGAAGACCUGUGAUGUCAUUUGAUUUUCGUGAGACACCAAUUAAGGCAAUCACUGAAGAUCAAGAUGGCAAUACAAUUUACAUUGGGAAUGGAUCUGGUGAUCUUGCAUCUGUUGACAUUCGCACAGGGAAACUAUUGGGCUGCUUUUUGGGGAAAUGUUCUGGAAGCAUCAGAUCAAUAGCCAGGCAUCCUGAUCUCCCAGUGAUAGCUUCUUGUGGACUUGACAGCUAUUUGCGCAUAUGGGAUAUAAAAUCAAGGCAGCUACUCUCUGCGGUUUUCUUAAAGCAGCAUCUCACAAAUGUCGUCUUCGAUUCUCAUUUUAACGAUGAAGAAGUUGCAGCAGCUUCUGGUCCUCCAAGUGAACCAAAAGAAGAUGAUGAGCUAAUAGAAAGAGAUGAGGAGUCGCCACCAAUUGUUAAACGCAAAAAGAAGAAAUCCAAAUCACGCGAUGUUGACAGAGAUGAUGAUGAUGAUGAUGAUGAAUCGCAUUCUGUUAAACGAAAAAAGUCCAAAAAAUCACAGAAUGUAGAUGAAGAUGAAGAUGAUGAUGCUGAUGAAGGGCCACAUUCAAAAGAAAAUAAAAAGUCCAAAAAACCAAAGAAUGUAGACAAAUACGAGGAAGGAUUGCUUUCUGUUGAACAUGAAAAGCUGAAAAACGUAAAGGAUCGAAAAUCAAAGAAAUCAAAAGGCCAGAGGGUUGAUUUGGAAUGAUGUAUGAUUUAAGAAGAGAAUGAUGAUAGUUUAAGACAACAGUUUUGAAGUUUCUGAUUGAACAUGGUUCUUGGGGGAUUAUUGUUUUUGUGAUAUUGACUUGACUAGAAGGCAUUGUUUGUGAGAAUUAGUAAAUUUUAACAAAUUGUAAGGGGUUGAUUGCAAAAGAAUGCUAAGUAUUUUUAUCAUUAAU